GCCUGCACGGUGAAAGUCGCUGUGCUGCGCUGCCGCCCUCAGAACUGCAAGCAACACCUUGGAGCCUCAACGGCUGGAGGCGCACAGAUCACCAGACACUAGGACAGACAUGGUGUGCUCCCCGGGAGAGGGGAGCGCGGCCACUCCCGCGGGAGGACCCGGCGAGGAAUCAGGAGCCCCCACGCGGCGGGGAAGUAGGCGGGGGCAGUCCAGCCGAGCUGUUUCUUUAAGACCGUGUUCACGCUGACACCCACGAUGCAGAGGCCUCCAUGGCUGUGAUAAGUCUUCUGUUCUUGGCAGUGAUGUAUAUUGUGCACCACCCCUUGAUGGUCAGUGACCGGAUGGACUUGGACACACUAGCCAGAAGUCGGCAGCUGGAGAAGCGCAUGAGUGAGGAGAUGCGCCAGUUAGAGAUAGAGUUUGAACGGAGAAAGCGAGCAGCUGAGCAGAAGCAGAAGGCAGAGGACUUCUGGAGAGGAGACACAUCCAGUGACCAGUUAGUGCUGGGAAGGAAAGACAUGGGGUGGCCAUUCCAUGCUGAGGGCCAGGAGGGGCCACUGAGCUGGAUGCUGGGAAACCUGUGGAAUGCCGGCUUCUUUUGCCUUUUUCUCAUCUUUGAGCUUCUGCGACAGAACAUGCAGCAUGAGCCGGCCUUUGAUUCUAGCAGCGAUGAUGAUGAGGAGGAGGAAGUCCGGGUGGUGCCCAUCAUCUCCUACAACUGGCUUUCCAACUUCCCUUCUCAGGAAGCCCUGGAAUCCUUUUAUAAAUGCUAUGUCCAGAAUGUCAUCCGUGACCUGCCCUGCACCUGUGAGUUUGUGGAGAGCUUUGUGGACGACCUCAUUGAGGCCUGCCGGGUGCUCAGCCGCCGGGAGGCUCACCCACAGCUGGAGGACUGCCUGGGCAUUGGGGCUGCCUUUGAGAAAUGGGGAACCUUCCAUGAGACCCAGAAAUUUGAUAUCCUGGUGCCCAUUGUGCCCCCCCAGGGUGCCAUGUUUGUGCUGGAGAUGAGGGAUCCAUCCCUAGGCCACCGAUGUGGCAGUGUGCUGGUGGAGUCGGAAUGCAUAUGCAAACGUGAGAAGCUUCUGGGGGAUGUGCUGUGCUUGGUGCACCACCACAGGGACCACUCGGCCCUCUUGGGCAAGUGCAGCAGCUCUAUCAAAGCAGCCCUCUGCACUGGCUCCCACUUGGAUGUGUGCAAAACUGUACAGUGGUUCCGGAACAUGGUGGGCAAUGCUUGGGCCCUUGUGGCCCACAAGUAUGACUUUCAGCUCAGCCUCCCACCAUCUACCACCUCCUGCAAACUCAGGCUGGACUACCGCUCAGGCCGCUUUCUCUCAAUUCGUUUGGUCCUGGGGGUGCAACGGGAAGACACCUUGGUCUACCUGGUGAGUCAGGCCCCUGACCAGGAACAGCUCACCAGUGUGGACUGGCCUGAGUCCUUUGCAGCCUGUGAGCACUUGUUCUUGAAGCUAGUAGGGCGUUUUGCUCCUGAGAACACCUGUCACCUUAAGUGCCUCCAGAUCAUUUUAAGUCUCCGGGACCUUCAGAGCUUACCCCAAGGAGCAUCCCGUCCCAUCCUUACCUCUUACCACUUCAAAACAGCCCUCAUGCACCUGUUGCUGUGGCUGCCCCUCACAGACUGGCAGCACAGCAUGCUCUCCCAGCGGCUCCAGGAUAUCCUCUGUUUCUUGGGCCGCGGCCUCCAGCAAAGGUCCCUCCAUCAUUUCCUCAUUGGUAACAACUUCCUGCCCCUGACCAUCCCGAUCCCUAAGAAAUUUCGGGAUGCUGAGCCUGUCAAUCUCUUCCAACACCUGGUGUUAAACCCCAUGGCACAUUCACAGGCACUGGAAGAGUUCCACAACCUUCUGACCCGCAUGAAAGCUCUUCCCUGUGCCCCUUUGGCUGGGGCACAUUAAUGUAAAGUAAAGGCCAUUAAAAAUGUGGAGCUGUUGCUGAUUCCUCUGACUGCAAGGGUUUAUUUUUCAGUUACAUCAGUGGUAUCUAUGAGCUUCAUCUUCUGACUAGGAGCUGAUAAAUUAAGACACUUAAAGUGUGAAGUGAUCAUGAAGAUGGGGUUCCAGUGGGUCUUCUGAGCUUUUUUUCUCCUGACUUAACUUUCAUCAUGACCCACAGAGCCCAGGGAAAUGGAUUUAUGGGCAGAUCUGGCUGCUAAAGAGUUAGAUCCAGAGAUGGGCUGUGAAGUUUGUUUUGUAUCAACACAGGAAGUGAAAGAGUAUCAGAGAAUACCUCCAUUCCAGCUCAUUCCUUCUCAUAUUUUAGGAGCUAAUUUUUCAGAUCUUCACUAUUUGCAUAUACGACCAAAAUGUUUA